AUGGUGACAACACGAAGAUCCGGGGCGAACGAGCCUCUCGAGCAUCUAGAGACGCCUCCAAAACGAACUCGUAAGAGCAAACCCAAGAGACCUGUCUCGCCGGUGUGCGAAGCCUCUCCCGAGGUGAUACAGGCUGUCCUCAUGGAAGCUGCAUCGUCCCUCUCCUUCCAAGAUGUGCCCGUGACAGACGCUAAAAGUGCUGAAAAUCUAACCCCUGCUAUAGAGCAAACCACCACGAACGCCACCUCUGUGAAGCGUCGACACGAAGACGAUGAGGCACAAGAUGCUAGUCCCACUAAGCGUCCUCGAACGCAGCCAGUUUCUGCCAUAAAGGACGACAACUACCUCUUCAUGUUCCCGAAGAAACACACCCUCGAAGAAGACCUCGAAGAGGCCCCCAAGUCACUUGUCAGUACUUUUCGAAGAAACAGAGCACUCCGUGCCAUGAACAAGAAGAAUGGACGAUUUGGUGGUUCGGUGCGACUUCAGGGUCCAGUGAAGCUGAUCGGUGACAAUCCAUUUGGUAUUGAAACCUUCACUCAACAAGAACUCGCCGAACAAGCAGCUGCACAACAACCCAAAGAACUCACCACAGAGAGAGAGAAUCGGGAAGAAAGAUCUGCAGCUCCAGAACCAGAAACACCACAAAGAGGACUCUUUGGCAGUUUGCGAGAAAUUGGAAGUGCUACUGUCGGCCGAAUACUGUCGCCAUUUGGUAGAUCCAAUACAGCUUCACACUCAAAUACAGCCCCACAGCCACGGACCGAGCCUCAGAAGCGUGUCAGGGUUUGGGACAUCGAAUAUCCUCAGCUGCCUCCGAACCAGAACGAGAACGCUCCCCCAGACGAAGAACAGGAGGAAGAGGAGACAGAGUCUGAGAGAAAGAGACGAGAAUUCGAAGCCAAGUUUGGCAGGACAAGCAGGAAGUACGACCACCUUCACACCACACCGAUCGACGGCAAUCCGGAAAACCUUCCCUAUCCUGUCAAAAAGAAGCCAGAGUCGACAUCUCAGCCAGACACAGAGCAAACUUCGAGUGACUUACUAGAGUUGUCCAGGCGACGAAAGGAGAGAAGGGAAGCACUACACGGCAAGCGAUCUGUCAAGCAAAUUCCAACUAUGGCACCAUUGUUUGGACCGAACAGUCAUUAUGCAAGAGGGACAAGGGAUCCUAUUUUUGACAAGCUACCUGUCACUGGAGACCAUCCUGCACCAAGCAAACUCGGUAACAAGCGAACGUCGGAAGAAGCCUUAUCAGAGGAAGCUACGGCGCCUAACAAACAACCUCCUCGCUCCUUCCAGCCAUCCGUAGAAGACGAAGCUGACUCUGUCGAAGACGGACCCUCCACACCUUUGGCCAAGAAGCAGAAAACAACCGCAAUCACCCAAACUCCACGUUCUGCAUUGAAAGCUCCUGGUUCAGUGGCUCGAUCCGGAAGAUCUGCUCGAUUCAAUCCAAAUCCGAUUGCCAGUGUCAAGCACAUGAGUCCGAUUUCUGGUACGGCUCCUGCUGGAGAGUACUCGCCAGACAACCUGUUUCUACCACGUCCACAGGAUAGUCCCGGUUCUGACCAUAGUUUCUCGCCUUCACCGAAUACUCAGAAAAACACUGUUGCCAAUACUGGAGAACAUCGUUCAACUAAGUUCGACCGCAAACAUCCUGGAGAUGAAUUCACUACGGCCCUCAAUGCUGGCCAGCCGUACGUACGAGUGGAUUACACUUGGAAGGACUCCCAAGAUCCCAAUUGGAGACCAAGUUUGCAUAACCCGCGACCGGGUUGCAUUCGCCUGCUUGACGAUGAUGAGGAAGAAAUUGAGAUGCAGCGUCUUGCUGCUCUGGAAAGAGAGCAUUCAUCUAUGUCGCCUGAGUCUGCACCUGAAGCACCACCAACACCACGAAUGUCACAUGCUGAACUGCCAAAAUCAUCUGCACCGUCGUCAUCCUCAAUUGAUGCACAGAAUGCUUUUGAGGCCGCCAAUCUCGAACGUCGUCGAGCAGAUGCCACAAAGACCAAGCCGCGAAAAUCAUCAAGACUGGCAGAAGUCACGUCUGCACGGUCCCGAUCACCUUCUCCACCAGGCCUGGACACCAGCUAUGAUGCAGGUGAAGGCUCCGACUCAUCUGUCAAGACUCCCUCACCUACUCUUGACACUACCAGCAACAUCUGGACUUGGAACACAGAUACCAACGAGUACAUUUCAUCCGUCGCCAACUAUCCUGAUUUCGCUUAUAAUCCUUACGACGAGCUCAUUCCUGCCUUCGCUCUCAAGACUGCUACAGGCGAGUAUGAUGAUACAGUCGUUGGUCCAGAUGGUAUGACAGAGUUGCAGCGACAGAAUCACUACAAGAACAUAUACAAUGAUGAAUGGGCUGAAAAGACCUUCAAAUUCGAUCCUCCGCAGACUUAUGAGGAAGCUGGUGUGGGCUCAAAGCAUAUACACGACCUAAUCAGGAAGACAGAUGCCCAGUUUCCAAAGCUUGUGCAGAAGUGCGAUGAGCGCAACAAGGUUGAAUGGGAUGCUCAUCAACAAGCUAUUGAUAACGCAAUGAGGCAGGGAAAGGUGUUGAAAGCUACUUACCCCGAUAGAGACGAGGUCGAGAUGCUUGACGACGACGAACUGUAA